UUUCUCUUUUCCGUCUAUAUUAAGAUGUCAGAUUCUCCAUCGUCUUGGGCAUGGGCAGCUGAAAAAUCAUUAUUUUUCCAUAUUUAUAUAAAAUAUAUUAAAAAAGGCAAUCGUAUAAAUUGAUUUGGUUUCUAAUUAUGGAAUCCAGCAAUCCAAGUAAUACUUCUGACAUGGUUAACCCACAACUACCAAGUAAACUUCCAAAAUUGGAGGAUGACGAUAAAAUCAAACCAAAAUUACUGCAAUACCUUGACCAAUUCUCGACCGAUGUUAGGUCUGGGAAAUUUGUCACUGAAUUCAAAAUGCAAAAUAUCCCGACCAUUGAGCUGAAAGUUAUUGAGACCGGAGAAUUGUUGAAGUUCCCAUUACCACCAGUUCCUAUUGAGAUCGAGGAAUUAGCGGCGUCAGAGCUUGAGAUAAUAAACAUCCAAGAUUGGCUAAAAGUGGAGGAAGCAAUCCCACCCGGAGUCAAGGAUAAAUUCGGUUUGGACUCUUACCAGAUAUCCGUUUCUUUACAAAAGUUGCUUAUCCAAACACCUGGUGACCGAUUUCCCCCAAAUCUGGACGACUUUUGCAACCAACCUAACGAAGAAUCUCUCACGAAAAAGCGUUUUGGUCACCUCGUCAUCCAACUGCCGUCACUCUACACCGGAGGAGACUUCUGCUUCACACAUGAAGACGAAUCGCAAAUAUACGACCUAUCAACCGCAAAUGGGAAUGUCACAUGUCUAAUUUUCUUCACCAAGAUUGAGCAUGCCCAUUGCGAAAUCUUGACGGGGAUUAGGUCCUGCCUAAUCUACAAUUUGGUCGUAGAAUCUAACGAAUCUGACUUUAAACUACCACAAGCUCCCACCCUCAAAAAUAUUGCGCCUCCCCUUUCUCAAAUAAUUUUAGAAUGGAGGUUAUCUCCUAAUCCGCCCAGACUCUUGAUACUGAAAGGAGCACACAAAAAACUCACCUUCUCCGGUAUCAAUGGUCUCGCGAACACACUCGGUCCCAUCCUUCGGGCCAAUGGGGUCACCCUGUUUCACGGAACUUUCGCUCAAAUAGGUGCAUCACUUCAAGAAUUCGAAAUUGACGCGAUUCCCUACAUUCGACAGAUAAAGUUAUUGGCAAGUCCCGACAUUCUGGUGGAAAACGCUUUUAGCAGCUUCUAUUCCAACGAACGAAUCAAUCUGGAUGAUUCUGAUUCUGAUUCUGAGGACGAUAGAGGGCUCAAUUUUGACCUUGCGAUAGACCAACGCGAACAAGACGAUGAUUGUGAUGUGGACAUAUAUCUCUUUUUCCGGUCAAGUGAUACCCCUGGGGGUGAGGGGGAAGAUAUUUUCGAAAAUGAGGGCUGGGUCAAAGACUUCGAAUUUUGGAGGUUUCAUAGCCACUUAUUCCUGAUGAGGUGUCACUAUUCGGUAGACAGUUCCGAACUUUUUCACGCUGCUAAGUCCUUGCUAUCUCUGGAUAUUCAUGAGGAGUCCGACGAGGGGGACGAUUGUUUUCAAAAUUUUGCCCAUUUCAAGGAAUUGCUAGAUAUAUAUAUGAUGCUAGAAGACUCGGAAAUUUUGCAAGAAUUUUUGCAACUUUGCGUACAGAAGUCCGACUUCAAUGUGUUGUUUGGCAUUCUUUUAAAAUCUGGGGUAGAAAUGGGCAUGUUGAAGGCAUCUUUGCGAGAAUUUUUCGACCUGCAGGGAACCCAAAGUGAGGAUGACUUUCACAGAAAAAUUGAAAAAUAUUGCCUCCAUAUCAGAAGUUUUGAUUUUUCAGUGGACAAGGACCGAGAAAAAAUUUACUUUGACGCAUUUUCUGCAUUACUUGAAAAGUAUAAAGAAUUGCAAAACGCUGACAAAUUUUCCGCCAAAACAGAAAUAGCCGUGGUUACGGAGUUUUUUAAAAUUUCGGAAGUUUGGAAGUACAAUAUGCUUAACUUUGUAGGAUCGAGGUCUCCCGAAUUCGCGAAACAGGUGCUGUUUUAUUGCACAUGUAAUAGCCUAGGAGGACUGGAAGCGGGAUGGGUGCGAUUCGUCACCGAGCUGUAUUGUAGUACAAAAUUAUUGGAAAACUGGAUCAAUGAGGGGGAACAUGGUCCAGAGGAGGAAACAUUUUUAUAUAUUUUUUUCAUGAUAGUGGAGAAAGUUGGGGCAGACAUUAGGGGGCUUUUAAGUGAUGUAAGGAGAUAUAAACGUCUCGUAAGGGUAUUAUCACACCUUGCAAAUUCUCAGAAUGUGGGCAAUCCGGAAGGUGAAAAUGAGGGUAAAAAACCCGGAGUCCUUGGCAAGUUUUGGGUUCCGUUUGCUACAAGUUUGAAAGCUAGGAUUGAAGCUGUCCUGUACUCCGAUGAGGACAAUGAAUAUCACGAAUAUUAUGAGAGGGUGUCGAAUAAAUCUGAAGCUUCGGGUGAAUUAGUCCUGGGGACGGACACGCUGGACGAGAUAAAUAAAUUGUUGAAUAUUGUGGAGAAUGACUAAAGGUGUAUGUAGAAAAAGUGUACAUUUGUUGGAAUUAUGGAAAUAUUUGUAAGUGUCAAUUAGGCUUAGGAAUUUGCACACUCAAAAUUAAAUUAAGUAAAAUUGCUCAAGCUUGAGAAAAAAAUAUGACACGACCAAGAUAUUAAAUUUAUUAUGCGACAGGUGUACAAAGUCGUAUAAAAUUCGUCCAACGGGUUGAUAAAUUUAGUAAAAAGGGGGAUAUGUUUUAACUUUUAGUUGUUUUCUUGUUCAUUCGAGUUUGAGUAAAUUUGUGUUAUUUUUAUUUACAAUGAAAUGUUCCACUACUUCUACUACCAAGAUAUGUACGACUCUACCGCCAUGGUUAUAAAUUUGUCAACACUCGUAACAAAGUUAUAACCGGUGGGUGAGGAGUUCAUAACCGCAGCGGUAGAGACCUAAGUAUAUCUCUAUAUAUCUACUUUCUUAUUUUCAGCGUACACAUAGUGUGUAACGCCGGGUUUAGACUUCACGUUAGCAUCACGUUCUCCUCCCAAUCCGAUUUUUUGAUUGGUCGAAAUUUUUAAUUGUCUUAGUGAUAUUUUUGAUUAGCCAAUCAAAAAAUCGGAUUGGGAGGAGAACGUGAUGCUAACGUGAAGUCUAAACCUGGGGUAAGAAAUAUUUUUUUAGGUUAUGGAUUGUCCAACUAAAUACUUAUUGUUGAUCUACGAUUAUCAUACAUACUAUCAAUCCACGCCAAGUUGAACCCGGAGAUAUGGGAGACUAAACUCAGUUCAACGUUAAUAAGCAUGGGCCGGGAUUUAGUCUUCCAUAUCUCCGGGUUCAACUUUCCGUGGAUAGACUAUGCAUACAUACUUAAUUCGUAAUAGUGCCUGUUCUUGAAAGUAUUUUGUGAAAUAGUAUGUAUUUUGUUGUUAGAAAUAAACUUUUGAAGAAUUGUAUAGCC